AUGGACAUUUCGAGGCUAGACAUCCUCUCCGCCAAUGCUUCAGAUUUGCGAGAUUUGUUGCAGACCAGACAAGCUAGUAGUGUGCAGUUAGUCAAAGCGUACCAAAGCCAGAUUGCCAGGCACGAUGCAACAAUCAAGGCGUUCAUUUGUCUGGCUCCCGAGCAAGAUGUCAUUGCGGCAGCUGCCUCGCUGGACAAAGAAAGGUCCGAAGGCCGCUUACGCAGCCAGCUGCAUGGAAUACCGGUUGUAGUGAAGGAUUGUUUCAUUACCGCUGCACAUCUUGGAAUGUCCACCACAGCUGGAUCAUGGGCGCUCGUUGGUGCUAAGAGCAGCAAGAAUUCCGCCGUGGAAUUUGCGGGUAUGAAAAUGACCAUGAUGAUGCCUGGAUGGUCGGCCUACGGUGGUCAGACGAUCUCUCCGUACGUCGGGCCAGUCGAGAACGGCGACACAAUACUAGGCCACUCGGCACCUGGCGGCUCGUCAACGGGGUCUGCUGUGGCAGUUGCUGCGGGCUUUUCUCCACUUGGCAUCGGUGCAGAGACUAUUGGUUCUAUAAUCACGCCAGCAUCGCGGGCUGGCCUAUACGCUCUGAAACCAACAGCUGGAUCUGGGAAUUCAAGAAUGUUUGUAUUCCCAGAUUUCUUGGAGCUUUCGACGACAUAUACCGAACAGAAUGAUAUUGUCAAGGCGUUUGAGAACACAGAUACAAAGGAGAACGUUGCGCGACUCAGGGAUGGUCUUCGCAAACAAGCAAAAGCUGUGCUUGAACCAGUCUUCCAAGAGAACGAGAUCAACAUCAUCGCGGCCCCUGCUGAUUCCUCGCUCUGCAUCCAUGCGGCAGCCGCCGGCUAUCCUAUCGCAACAGUGCCUUUGGGCCACCUGACCUACAACCAGCGUCCUUUCGGGCUGUGCCUCAUGGCUCGCGAUGGAUGCGAGGAGGAUCUGCUCAGAUUCAUGCAUCUCUACGAGUCGGUGACUCCCCCCCGCCCGGUUCCGCGGUGGCUGGGCCGGGCUUGA